ACGACAUGCUGUCUUUGGAGUAAAAGAUUAUUUUUACUCUAACGAGCACAGAUGGCAGAACACUUGUCACUUACUCACUAACGAGCUUUGGAGUUACACGCAAAGAGAUUUUAAUCACUCCGUGUUACAUUUUUGUCUAAGUCAUUUGUUUAAUUAGUAUAUAACUAAAUUCGAAACCGAAGUGAAAAUUUAAAUUAUUGACUAGAGUCUAGACUACGGUCAUAGCAGACUCCUCGACGAGACAGUAGUCGUGUUAGUUCUAUUAACUAAGCUCUACAGUCUGCAGCAUGUAUGAAAUGAAAUUAUUUUUAGCUUAAUUUAAAAGUGAACAAGUAUAAGCCAAACGCGCGAUGGGAAAGAGUAAAUCAAAGAAUAAACGAAGAUCGUCAUCUGACGACAGUAGUAGUUCAAGCUCAGAUGCAAGUGAACAAAAGAAGAAACUUCGUGAGCUGAAAAUGAAACUAAAAAAAGAGAAAAGGAAAACAGAAAAGGCGCUAAAGAAAAAACUAAAGGAGUUAAAAAAGCAAAAGAAGUUGCUUAAAGGUUCUACUAGUCAAUCUCCUGGACAUGAGAACGAAACCGCAGACAUUCCUAUUGAACUAAUGGAAAAGUCAAAAGCUAUGGCACCUAUGACAAAAGAGGAAUGGGAGAAGAAACAAAGUGUGAUAAGGAGGGUGUUGGACGAAGAGACAGGGAGGCACAGGUUGAUCAAAGGUGAUGGUGAGGUUCUUGAAGAGAUAGUCUCCUAUGAUCGGCACAAACAAAUUAACCAGCAAGCCACAAGAGCAGACGGAGACUUCUUUCAAAUGAAAACUAUUAAUAAAUAGUCAUUUUAACAGCUAUUUAGAUCAAGAACUAAUGCUAUGUUUUUACAUCUCACCCAUUGAAACUAACAUAAGCUGAGCAUGUUGUGCAUAUAUAAUUAUAUAUAUGGUGUGUUGAUACCAUAAUUUAUUAAUUCCACACAGAUAUUUAUUGUCAUGCAUGCACUCACCCACUGGAAAUUACAUCACCUAUGCAUAUGCAUAAAUGUAUUACCUAGUUGAUGACAUAAUUUAUCAAUUCCACACAGAUUUAUAGUAAUAUGUGUUAAAUGUAAUAUGCACUAUUUAACUAUAUAUUUUAAUGCUCUUUAAUAAUAAUUACUGCAGGUUAGGUGUAGCUUACUUUUCAUCGAUAAUCUUAUCUUUAGUGAAUGCAUAGUCAUAAAAUAUAUAUAUCUUAAAAAUUAAA